AUGGCCGAAAGAUUGGCUGACAAAGACGGCCUUCCAGGUGGCAAACAAUGUCUCGCAACCUACAGUGAAUGGGCGAAAGGAGGUUGGGGCUUGAUCAUCAGUGGUAAUGUUCACAUCGAUCCCGCUCAUCCCGGUGCACCAGGGGACUUCACAGUGAACCGGGAUGUCUCUAGAGAAAAGACUCUCGCGGCUUGGAAGACUUGGGCCAGUGCUUGUUCACUGAACGGAACUAAACCUAUCGUCCAGAUUAACCAUCCAGGACGGCAAGCACCAUUUGUCAAAAGCCUUGCUCCGAGUCCAAUUCCUCUAGAUCUUGGGAAGGGUCUGUUCCCAUGGCUUGUCAGAUCAUUGGUAUAUGGAACUCCCAAGGAGAUGACCCAAACUGACAUAGAUGAUGUGGUGACGAGAUUUGCUGAAGCAGCGAAGCUAUCAGUGGAAGCGGGCUUUGCGGGAGUAGAAAUCCAUGCUGCACAUGGAUACUUGUUGGCGCAGUUCUUGUCCCCACUUUCGAAUGAGCGAACAGAUGACUAUGGAGGCUCCCAACUAGCACGGGCCAAGAUUGUUGUCGACGUCGUCAAAGCUGUCAGAAAAGCUGUACCAGCUGGAGCUUGUGUCGGCAUAAAGGUCAAUUCAACUGACCACACAGAUUUGGGCGACUUCAUCACCCAGUUGAAGGCCAUCGUUUAUGCGGGAGUUGACUUUGUAGAGGUCAGUGGAGGGUCCAUCGAAGAUCCCAUGUUCAGCACUGGCCUGCACACAACAGUUAAGGCAAGUACCAAGGCUCGAGAAGCCUUCUUCAUCGACUUUGCAAACGCCAUCAGAUCUGAGCUUCCAGACGUCCCCAUCAUGUUGACAGGUGGCUUUCGGACCCGGCAAGGUAUGGAGGCUGCCGUGAAGGGAGGCAGUUGUGAUCUGGUCGGUUUAGCUAGGCCAUCGGUCAUAGACCCUGCCCUUCCAAAGAAAGUUCUGGACACCAGUAUACCAGAGUAUGGGGCCUUGGCAUAUGCUAAAAGGAUUGAGGCGUGGAGUUGGGCCAAGUAUACUGGAAUCAAGGCCGUUGGUAUGGGGGCUGAAACGCUUUGGUAUACAAAUCAGAUUGGGCGAUUAGGCGCCGCAAAUAAUUGA